AUGAAUAACAACACAACAACUAGUAAAAGAAAGAUUAGAUCUGUCACUGCCUACAAACAAUCUAAAUUUGAUGUAGAAGAGUUGCUGGUAUCGUUGGACAAGUUGUUGAAUGAAGCACCACCUGCAGCUACCAGCACCGCCGCUGCAGCUUUGACUAGUCGUGGAAAGAGCGGACUCAGUCUGCAGCAGUGCUGUCAAAAGUUUACGGCAGAGGGUUUCAACAUCCUACAGAAACUAAGGGAAAAGACAAAGACAUUUGAUACAUCAGACGUAUCGUACUUUAUCUUGCGAGGAGGUAUCACUAUCCUCAUCAAGUGUCUGUGUUUUUGUGGUCGUACCACACUCUCCAAUGAAAUAGCACUCGAGAUAUCGCAAUACCUUAUCGACAAUAACCAUCAAACGGCAAGACUGUUUUGCAAGCAGAUCAUCAACCAUCUCUGUGACGACAUUGAGUGUGUCGGUGUCUCUGAAACACUCCCAAAUUUAAUUUCACUCUAUCCUAUUAGAUCUAUAUUUAUUGAAGAUUUAUGUAUACCAAAAUUGAUUGAAAUCUAUUAUAAGGGAUCGAUUAAACUUGCAAAUGGAUUGAUCAAUAACCAACAACCUGCGAUGAUACAAAUUGACAAGGUGAUUGACAAACCAUUAGAAACACCCAAAGAAGGAUGGGCUAAUUUAUUGGUCAAUUCAAAGGUUAAAAGUAACGCUGUCACUUGUCUCAGUAACAGUUCAUUAAAUCGAAAUAAUAAUAAUAAUAAUAAUAAUAACGCCAGCGAGCAAAUGAAACGAUCGAAUCUAAGAGACAGUGGUGUAUUGUCACCAUUGGAAACUGCUAGUAAUGGAAGCAGCCCAAAUGAAUCACCAACCAUAUCAAGUGCCAACAGUAGUUUUAGCAACCUAAAGAAUCUUUUACCCAACCUCAACAAUCUCAAUAUCAACAACAGCCAUGCAUCACUACCAACCAGUCCUCCACAAGUUCCAUCACUCAAACUAUCGGCAUUGAAACCAAUCAUUCCAAAAUUAAAUCUACCCAUUCGAAUUGAAAGCUCUGCAAAAAUGACUAGAAGUAGUAGAAGAAGAGAAGACAACAACUCUUCAACUCGUAGUACCACUGGUGAAGUUAAAUUAUUAGAUUCAAGCUCAACAAAAGAAUUAAGUGAUAUUGCUACAAAAUUGGGUGAAACUUUUGUAACUGCUGAUUUAACAGCUUUAAUAUCAUAUAAACAAGCAGUUGAUGCACAUAUUAGUCAAACCAAUUCAAUUAAGAGGGCAUCAUAUGCACCAAAGAAAUUAGUGUAUGAUCAAUUAAUCGGACAAACUCAACAUUUACUUUCACAAAACAAUAGUAUCGAUAUGCAACAAUUCCGUUCAUCAAAUAUUUAUAAAGUUAGAUCAAGUAUAUUAAAAACUUUAAUUGCUGCUACCUCUCAUAAUCUUUGGUUACUUCAAUAUGUAAAUAAUCCAAUGAAUUUAAUAUAUUCAGAAGUAUUAUUAAUGUAUAAAGGAAUGAUACCAUAUGAUUUUGAUUAUUUAAAUUUGGUAUUUCAAUUUGCCUACAAUUGGGCAGACUAUGUAGAAUAUAUUCAUAGAAUAAGAUGGAACGAUGUUACAAAGGGAAUGACACCUGAAAGAAAAGGUGCCUAUAGAAAGAAAUUAGAUGUAUUAUUAUGGAGAUUUAAUUAUAAUAUUUUAAAUAUUUUUGAAACAAAUGUGAUUGAUGAUUUAGAACAUCAAUUACAUAUGUUGGCAGAUUAUAUGGAACAUUGUCCAACAAGAAUUAUGCCAUCACAAGUAGUAGAUGUUUGUAUUGAAGUUUUAUUAAAGAUUAAACAUUAUUGGUUCAAAGGAAGAAUUUCACACGAUAGAUACAAAGACAUACACGUCAUUCAUUACUUGUUGUGUGUCUUUGAUGAAAUUAUCACUCAAAACAUGCAUCCGCCAUUGAACGAUCUAUUGUUGGCCAUUUUCAUUGAACGUGAAGACACUUUUAAUUUCAUCAAACACUAUACACAGUUGCUGACCAGUAGCGAAUGGUUGGAAAAGGAAUUCGAACGUGACAAGACAAAGGGUGGAAGUAUCAAAUUGAUAGAGUAUAGAUGCCGUGUAUUUAAACAUCACUCGGUUUGUGUAGAUAUGAUCAAACGAUCCAUUCAAGUAGACUCUAGAGGAGAAACUGAAAAAACUGAACCAGACCAAGUCCACAUCUCUGAACUGGUUCAAAAGAUGGAAUAUCUCUUGCUUCCUGGUAAUGGUGUCAUCCUUCCAUUCCUUCAAUCUGGUUCAUUCUAUCAAAACUAUCUCGUCAAGAAACAAAUGAUGGAAUUCCUUUGUACCAUUUUCUAUUUUAAAAAGAAUCCUUAUACAAAGAAAAAAAUUUAUAUUGAUUCUUAUAUUAGUUUUAUUAAAUUAUAUAAUAAUUAUACAGUUGAUCCACAAACUUUAACAUUGUGUAAAUUAUUUUUAAAUAUUUUAAUUGCAUUUUCUAUAAACAAAAAUGACAAGAUAUCAUUAAAAUUCUAUCAAUUGAGAACAAUGGAUUUUAUGGUUAGAGAAGUCAAUUUGGAAUAUGAAGUUAAACAAAAUCGUAAUCAAUUGGCAGAAUCAUUCUUUAUUAAAAAGGAAGGUAGUAAUAACUCACCUUUACUCUCUAAUAAUACAUCCAAUAAUAUGAUUAUAAAACCACUCGUUUCAUUGACACCAAAUGAUAGUAGUAGUACUUCUUCUACUACCUCUUCUGAAAUCAAGAAACCAGGAUUACCAUUAUUAAAGCUACCACCAAAAGUACCAAAUCUUACCAACCUUCCAUCAAAAGAUGGUAGCAAUACAACAUCAACACCUACAACUAUUUCACCACCAAAGAUACCUACAUUAAAUAUACCACCCAAAGAUGGAAACAAUGCACAAUCGGGAACAACUCCUCCAAAGAUACCAACAUUGAAUAUACCACCCAAAGAUGGGUCAUCGCCUACUCUUAGUAUCACACCACCAAAGAUUCCAUCGUUGAAUAUUCCACCAAAAGUUCCCUCUUUGCCAAACCUUCCAACCAAGGAUGGCACCAACUCACCAAUUUCAAUGGGUAUACCAAAGAUACCGGCAUUAAACAUCCCACCAAAGGAUUUACCGGGUGGUAGCUCAGGAACGACCCCUCCUAAAAUACCAACACUCAAUAUUCCACCCAAGACAGCUGAUGGUGCACCAUCAAUCAAACCUGUCCUCCCACUGUUGGCACUUCCACCUCGAACCACAAAGAGUGAGGUACCAUCAUUACCAUCAGAACAAAACCCAGCACCAGGAGGCUUUCUUUCUGCCAUUGAACAAAAGAUUGAUUUACACGAUCCAAAAUUCCAAUUGGUAUUUGGUGAUGCUGCAAGUAGCAAUACACUUGGCGGUGGAGGUGCUGUUGACCAACCGGAACCAACAGACAAGGAAAUUAAAAAUGAAAAUCAAAGAUAUCAAUUGGAAAGAGCCAAUAGAAAAUUGUAUCACGACAAGGAAUUACAUAUUUCUAUUUUACAAUUAAUUUUUAGUUUAUUAUUAAAUCCAAAUCAAACACUUGAACAUUAUUAUUCAGAUCAAUAUCCAAUUUUAGCUAAAAAGUUAAAUGUACCAUUUAUUUUACAAUCACAUAUUAAUCAUACUCAAAACGAACACAUUAUACCAGAAUUGUGUGAAAAGACAUUGGAAAUGGGACCAAAUCAUUAUAGAAUCCUAAAGUUGUUGUUUAAUCGAUUAUUCCAUGCAUCACCAUUCAAAGAUCUUAAAAGAGUGGCCAAGGGUGCAUUUGGUACAGUUUACAAAGGAUAUGUAGCUCAUGACGAAGGUUUGGAGGUUGCAGUCAAACUCAUGCCAGUUCCAAAGAGUAUUCAUGAUCGUUGCGUACUCCAUGACAUUUUUACAGAGAUUCUCAUUAUGGAUACCUUUAGAAGUGAUCAUCGUGCCUGUCAUAUGUUUGACUAUGGUGUAGAUGGUGAAAACUAUUGGAUUGCCAUGAAAUCCUAUAAAUGCUCUCUAAAGGAAUGGAGAUUAAAACAAACUGGAACUUUCCUUCAAAAUCUACCAUUAUAUUUGAAUAUUUAUAUGAAUGUUUUAUUAACUGUUCAAUUUUUAGCUGAAAAUAAAAUCAAUCAUUUUGAUAUUAAAUGUGAUAAUUUUUUGGUUCAUCCAAUUAAAAAAGGAACAUUGGAAGAAGAUUUUUGGAAUCAACCAACAAGUGAUCCAAAUUUUAUUGUUUGUUUAGCUGAUUGGGGAGAAGCAAAAGUUUAUAUUCAUGAUAUUGAUGGAUACACAACAAGAAAUAGAGGAACAGAAUUUAUAAAGAGUCCAGAAAUGUUGAUGAUUGCAUUUGCUUCACAAAAGACUAGAGAGAAUUUCGAUAGAAGAAAAAAGGUUGGAAGUAACACAACGUCGGAUGUAUGGUCGUUGGGAUGUCUCUUUUACGAGUUGUUGACUGGUGACUUUUUAUUCUAUGAUGACGAUUGGGUAAAGUUCUUUAUCCGUGUCACUCAACCCGGUCAAGAACUUAUUACACCUGACAAGAAGGCAAAGAUUAGCAACAUGUCUGCAAUUUGUGACUUUUUGGAUUUCAUUUUCGUCCGUGACCCAUUCUAUCGUCCAACAUUACGCGAUCUAUUGACUAAAUUUGCAGUAGCCAAGCCACUCAUAUUGGCCGAGUUGGGACAAAUCAAGAUGAAGCUCAGUCAAGACGAUCUGCUAAAUAUCGAACAACCAAAACAAUACUUUAGCGGUGGUGAUGGUACAAGAUACAAGGGACCUAGCAAGAUCAGUGGACACUAUACUCCAGGUCGUUUCUUCCCUCAUAGCUACAACCUAAACAAUCCAACUGGAUUGCUCUCCAACAAAAAUGCAAAGGCAUCACAACAAACACUCUCUGAUGACUCUUUGGCAAAUGAACAACCAGAAUUCCCCGAACACAAAUAUCUCAUGGAAUAUCCUUCAAAAAUCACCUCUUUUAUGUAUAUAUCUUCUUAUCAACCUUCCAUGAAUAGAAAUCUUUUAAAAAAUAAUUAUCAUAUAACUCAUAUAAUUAAUUGUACUGGUUCACCAAAUGCAUUUCCUGAUCAUUUUGAAUAUUUACAUUUACAAUUGCACGAUGAUGAGUCACAAGAUAUCCUACAUUCAUUGACUUCGGCAUUUGAUUUCAUUAGAGAUGCCAUUGUACAUCAAGGAAGAGUAUUGAUCGUGUCUGAUAAGGGAAUUAGUAGAAGUGCGGCAUUGGCUAUUGGUUAUUUCAUGGAUUCUCGAUCGAUCAGCUAUUUUGAAGCUUUUAUUCUCAUCCGUGACUGUCGUUACAUUAUCAACCCUAAUCUUGGUUUUGUAGAGCAACUCUGUCGCUGGGGUAAACAACGUCGUACACAAAAGGGUCUCGCAGAAUGGGGUGGAGGUAUUGAAGCCCAGUUUGCCAAUACCAACAACACCACCACUCAGUUCCAAUGUCUGUGUGGAGCAUGUGUCUUUACGCUGUUGGCACCGUUUGACUCUACCAAAUUCAAGAACCCUCGUAAUUGCAACUGCUCCAAAGACCAGAGUCAAGACUGUCCAAAUCUUUUGGGUUGCUCUUCUUUCCUACACGACAUGAAGAAGUUGCACAAUUAUAGUAGUUCGUCCAAUCAUGUUAUUUGGGGCUACACCAACAUUACCAAUGUAGUUGGUGAUUAUAAACGUUCUUCUGUUGAAAUUCAAUAUCCAAAAUCACCUCCAACAAACAGCAUUAAUAAUGGUUCGAUCAACAGAAAAGACUGGACACUCUAUAAAUGUAAAACAUGCCACUUUUUGACAUACGCCAUCAACAAUAAUCAAAAUAACAAUAAUCAAUUUACAGACAAGACCGUUGCAAUCGUAACCAAUAUCAGAAGUGAUAGAUUAACUGUUAAAAGAUAA